GCGGCGAAUGAGUGAGAUUCAUACUUCAGAGCAACCGAGAAUCCGACAGACGGAGGUGUUCUUUUUGCUCUUCAUUUGAAGAGAAGGAGGAGGAGAAGAUGUCAUCUUUUGGCUCUCUCAAGUCGCAGAUAUUCGACAGAGAAGAGAGGAAGCAGCAAUACCAAGCUCAUAUCAGAGGUCUCAAUGCGUACGAUCGACACAAGAAGUUCGUCCAUGAUUACGUUAAUUUCUAUGGCAAAGAAAGAUCUGCACAAGAUAAUUUGCCAGUUAAAACUGAUCAAGAUACUUUACGAGAAGGCUACAGAUUUAUACGAACGGAGGAAGAUGAUAUGGAUUCAUCUUGGGAGCAAAGAUUGGUGAAGCGUUACUAUGACAAGCUUUUUAAAGAAUACUGCAUAGCUGAUAUGACGAAGUACAAAAGUGGCAAGAUUGGUCUAAGAUGGCGGUCAGAGAAAGAAGUCAUUUCUGGGAAAGGGCAGUUCAUAUGUGGCAACAAACAUUGCGACAGGACAGAUGGCCUUGCAAGCUAUGAGGUAAACUUUUCUUAUUUUGAAGCAGGGGAAAACAAACAAGCCUUAGUAAAAUUGGUAACUUGUGAGAGAUGUGCAGAUAAGCUUCAUUACAAGAAGCGAAAGGAGAAAGAGUUAAUGGACACGAAAGAGAAGGAGAAAUUGGUGAAGCUCGCAAAUUGUGAAAGCAAAAGAAAGAGGGAUCAAACUGGGAUUGAUGAUGAUACAGAUUGUGGAUAUGAGGAGAGAGAAGCGAGCGGGAGGAAAGGGAAAAAAGCUUCUAGCUCGAGGGGCAAGCAUGAAGAUGAUGAGAAUUUUGACGAGUUUCUCCAGGGAAUGUUUCCAUGAUACAACCUCGAGGAAUCAGAUGGUUAAUAUUGGCAUAACGGAGUGUCUGAUGGCAUUGGUUUAGCUGUGCUGGUAUACUUGUAUGCACUUCAAACUGUCCUUUCUUUCGAUCGAGUUAUGAAAAAUGGUCGAGUGAUAAAUGUGUUGUUGCAGCAACAUAAUGACAGACUGCACAAAACUGUGAAAACUUGGAUAUGUGAAGUAUCGUUGAAGUUUUGCAAUGGGUAGUGGGAUAUUUACUCGCCCAGAAAUCCCUUUGAUUGUUAUAUAUGUAGGGAUGGCAUUGGAUGAAAUUUCUGGAGUAAUUUCUCUACAAGUCUGCCCCAGGAGGACCUAACACUGCUGAGAUCAGUAGAGUGAAGCUUGUAACUGAUGGUGGGCUUGGACUGGAGAGUUGGCUGAGGGGCCUAUUAAUCCAAAUGGAGCUGAAGCCUGCAAUGAAGGGGAACCCCAGUACCGAGUGAGCGCUAGGGAAAAGAACAGAAGUGCCUGUAAUACUGAUUUUUGUGGACUAUAGUGCUCUUGCUGGUUUGCCUUGCUGGGCUCAAAUCUUCUAGAAAAAAAGCCAUAUUUGAGGAUACAAGAAUCA